AAUCGUUAGACUCUCUACUUGCACACCCCAGCAAGAGACCGAGAGAGCACGCCGAGGCAGCUCGCGAGAGGGUAGCCCCAGACCGCUGCAGUAAAAGUUACCCCGCGUGCUUGCCAUCUUUGGCGCGGCCAGAAGAAAAGCCCCGGCCGAUUUCAUUAUCCUCUGCGAUAACCCCCGUCUUGCCCCAACCAUCCGCCUUUUCAUCCACCCCAGCCCCCCCGUCCGCCGUCCGCCUCUGCCCCCACGCGGCCGCCCGCAGGCCACCCAUACCUCCACCCGGUCAAUUACGUGCUAAGUAGCACGCUUAGGCCCUCCAGUGACCGGGCCUGGCGCAUCAGCUCGAGUUCGCGCGUACCCUCGACGCCAAACUGCUCGGAGGCGAGAGAGAGCUGCAGACGGCGGAGUCCUACGAGGCAACGACAGGCGCAAGGCAGCGAGCCACGUCACGAGAACGAGGGGCAGAAGGCACUACUGUGUAUCUCAUCUGAUCCGUCCAGCCCAGUAGGGAAGUCAACUCCUUUGCCUUCGCACUGGUCCUUUUCAGACUACCGACCCUUUGCUUUCAUUCCACAUUGUCACCCCCAUCCUAUAUCGCAUCGACCCACGCCAGUGUAUACGCAAGUAUCACUGUGUAACCACUCGGCGCCACCAUUUUCAGACGCAGGCGACGGAAGAGGGCUGCCGAGUAAGGCCGUACGGCAUCCACCAUGGCCCUGCCUCAUCCUCAACCACAGAUGAACUUUCACGGGCAGAUGCAAGCGCCUUUCCACAACCAACAACCUCCGACCGCCCCCCAUCUCCAACAAUCGCCACAUCCCCAGCAGAGCCAAGCAUCACUCCAAAAUCAGCAACAAAUUCAAUUUCAGCAACAGCAGUAUGGCCUGGCGAAACCACCGCAGCAAAUGACGAUGGGCGGCAUGGGCAUGAACCAACAGCAGCAACAACAACAGCAAGCUCUGCAAGCGGCCCAACAGGCCCAGCAGAUGCAGCAAAUGCAGUUGAGACAGCAGCAGCAGCAACAGCUUCAGGCUCAGGCUCAGGCUCAGGCUCAUGCCCAGGCUCAGGCCCAACAUCAAGCAGGCCAGCUGCCUAACCAGCAACGCCCGAUACCCCAAUCCCCUCACCAUCCCACCCCUUCACCCCAUAUCAGCAACCAAUUCCCACCGGCAUCUCAUUACGCGCAUCAGCCCGGACAACAGAUGGCGGGCAUGCCCAUGGGGCAAAUGUCUCCGCGCUCAGCAGCAGCAAGGGGUAUGCCAAACGGGCCCCAGGGAACGGCUAUCAACCAGACUCAGGCGAAGGGCAUGAAUCGCCCGCCUGCGUGGAUGCAGAAUGCUAUGGCCGGCCCUUCCCAGCCGCCCCAGACACAACAGGGCCCGCCACCACAGCAGCAUCCACAACACGUCCAAAGUGCCGGCCCGCAUCAGCGACAACAUCAGCAUCUACCACAAUCUGCCCCCACACCGCAAUCACAACCGCAGUCCACCCCACAAAUGGCCGUGCAACCACAUCCUUCACUACAAGGACAGCAGCCGAUGCCUCCGCAACAAGGGCCGGGGCAGCAGCCGAUGCAGCAAAUAGGAGGGCAUCCAGAUUACCGGUUGGGAACUGGGGGAAUGGGUCUGACCCCGUCAAUGUCGAGGGGUUCUAGUGCCCCUAAUCAGAACGCGCCGGAUCGAUGGGACGCGGAUAGAGCGUUGAAGCUGUAUAUCCACGACUAUCUGGUGAAGCAUAAUCUGAUGGCGACGGCGUCGCAACUUGCGGCAGAGUCGGGGCUGGGGGACACUGGGGUGCCAGUCGACUCACGGGAAGGUGGCGUUCUGUCAGAAUGGUGGACUCUCUUCUUGGAUGCUUUUACCAACGGGAAAGGCGUGCAAGGCGUACUGAAUCAGAGCAUCUACAACGAGUCCAUGGGAAAAUUGCGAACCAUACGUCAGCAACAGUCCGGUCUCGCUCCUGCAGCCUACAUCAAUCAGCCGACUCAAACGCCAAUUCUCCAAUCGAUUCAAGCUGUCUUUACCCCACAGCAACUAGAAUCACUCAAGCAGGAAGCGCAGAGUCAAGGGUUUGACAAUCGCCAGACUACCCAGUUCAUCCAACAGCGGAUACAAGAGUAUCAGAACCAAUUGCAACAGCAGCAGAACCAGCAGGCUAUAAAUCAGCAAGCUGCCAUGUUGCAGCAGCGGAUGGGUCAUCCAGGUGCCAUUGGGUCGCCAGUCCCCGGAGCUAGACCGAGUUCUCAGCAAGGCCAACCGCUCCAGGGCCAGCAGAUCAUGUACCAUCCCCAGCCACAACAGCACCUUGGUAUACCGCCCGGCGCAAGAACAUCGAGCCAUUCUCCUGUCAACCCCUCCCCGCAUAUCUCCCAACAACCUCACCCGGGGGGCAUGCCUAUUCCCAGCCCUGUGCAGCAGCCGGCAAGGAACCCGAUGAAUGGAAUGGCGAUGAAUGGGCAGUUGAGGAUGGCCUCAAACCCGCACCCAGGGCGGCCAGGGCAAGGGCCGGGGCAAAGUGAUGAACAGAACCAGUUCACGCACCCCCAGGUCUCUACACCCAUGCACCAGCACCCACCAAAUCAGGGUCAGCUACAACAGAUCCAUCCCCCGCAUCAGCAUACACCAUUACCACAGCAUCAACCUCCGCAUAUGACGCCUCAAAGCCAGCAUCUUGCGGUGAAAGGGCAGCAAGCGCAUGUUGCCCAGCAGCAUGCCCAGGAGUCGUUAGCUCAGAUACAAAUGCAAGCCCACGCCCAAGUGCAGGCUCAAACACAGGCGCGAACUCAGCAACAGCAGCAGCAGCAAAUGCAGAGCCAACAAGCCCAACAACAGAGGGAGCAGGCUUUGCAAAUUCAGCAGCAGCACUUGCAGAAUGCUUCGAACCAGCUGUGGGAAGGUUUGGGUGUGCCCAACGUCAAUCAUGGCGUGAUGUCGCAUAGCGCGCAAAAUCUGGGGCUGAGCUCGAAGGAUGUCAAAAGCAUGAGUGAGGACGAGAAGGGUCGCUUGAUUCAGACGUAUCGCAUGACGAUGCAGCAUCAGCAACACCAGGCGAUGCUCAAUGCUCAACAUCAGCAAAUCCCACCGCAACAACAGCCUCAGUCUCAGCAGCAUUUGCAGCAACAGCAACAGCAACAGCAACAGCAACAGCAACAGCAACAGCAACAGCAACAGCAACAGCAACAGCAACAGCAACAGCAACAGCAACAGCAACAGCAACAGCAGCAACAGGCUUAUCUCAUGCAGCAACAUCAGCAGCAGCAGAUGUAUCAGCAGGGACAGGCUGGCCCUCGGCAAGCUCGCAAUCAUCCCUAUGAAGUUCCUCAGCCGCCCGAUGACAAGUCUGCGCCUACGCCGACUGGUCCCGGCCAACGUGCUCCCACACCAGUUCAGCCAAAUAUGACUCCUUCCGGUAUGAGACAGCCCACACCGCCGGAACGGAAGAGGAAGCGGAAGAACUCUGAGGGUGCGGCACCAAGUCCAUUUGGUAUGACAUAUGGGCCUGGGUCUCAGCAAGGCGCUACCCCUGGAGCCACUCCUCUCACACCUGGCUUCGCCAUUACUACCGAUCCUAUGCUGCGCUCUGUCCCGGGAACGGCACCGCCCCAACAUCCUACUGCUUCGCCACGGCACACGACCAAACGUGAACGGCGAAAUCAAGCACAGGGGCAAGGAGAGAUGCUUCCACCGCGGACGGCGACGCCCAAACCGUCCGGCCCUGGAAUACCUGAAGAUGGCCAAAAGGAUGGUACAGGCAAAGAGGGCAAGAAGGAGAGCAAGGCUGGCAAGGCGGGAAGAACGCCCAAGUUGUCAAAGGAAGAUAUCCAGCGCGAAGCACCAACUCCAAAGUCUCUCAAUCCGUCACCAAACGGCAACAUCAUCGCUGUCACCGAUGGGAACCCCCACUCGACGUCAACGCACGGAUUCACCCCUUCACCUCCAUCUGCAUCUACUGCCACGCCUGCUAAUGGCGCGAUGCCGCUGUCCUCUACACCUGCAAGUAACCAGAUGUCCUUACCCGCCGACUUGUCAAUGACCAACAUGGACUUUGGCAAUAUGGGACUAGGAAAUAUGGGCUUGGGAGGUAUGGGGAUGGAAUUUGCCAUGGGGAUGGGACUUGGUGCGCUCGGGGGCAUAAAUGACAACUCUCUCGGUGCUGUCAACAACGGCCAGCAGACUCCUCUGGGGGGCGAUGUUGGCAGCGACUUGGAUGCCUUUGCCGGCAUGAACCAAGACUUUGACUUUGGCCUCUAUCUUGCGGCGCUGGAUGAAGACGACGGCAGUGGUAACAACAACCACAAUAACAAUAACAACGAUAACAACAACAACAAUAGUGGGAAUGGCGAGUUGGUCGUCUGAGGGCGUAUCUUGUGUUGAGCCCCUUUGUGGAGUCUUCGUUCCAAAAAUAUUGUCUUAUCUAGUCUUUCUAUCUCUAUCAUCAUCAUCAUUGAUUUUCUUUCCUGAUGGCUCGUAUCUUUCUCAUGUUUUGUCAUAACUCGGGGUCUUAUCUCAUGUUUCAUACACAUCACCGUCAUACUUUUAUAUUGCGUUCUCUUGUUUUCAUUUCUCAUCCGUAUGGCCAUAUUACGGAUGCGUCUGUUUUCCAUAUUGCGCAUUGACAGCCGCUUAUUAUGCACUGUUACGACCUGCA